AUGUCCGCGGAGGAGGUGAAGAAAAAGAGCUACGAGGAUAUCCUGCUACAUUUGUGCUUGACGAAGGAUGACAAAAUUAAGCCUGUCUUGUAUAAGUUCAUCCCCGUGCUGUUGAACGAAUUGCUAACUAUCGAAGGAACUCCCGAAAGAACACUGAUAGAAAUUGUGAGUCACUGCAUUUUGAGGUGCAAAUCUUUUGAGCAGAUCGACAUUCCCCUGUCAGACAUAGUGGAGAAUUAUUUCCAACACGUCGGUAAAUCGAAGGGGAAUCGGAUCCUAUAUAACAACACCUUGUCUAUAUUUUUAGAUAUCGGUUUUAAGAGCGCAAAUGAUGUGGAGAAAAUAAAAUUUCAAAAGGUGCUAAUAGAAAAUGGCGGCCAGUUAUCAGGAGACAGAGAAGUGGGUAUCCUUUUGAUGAUAAAGUUUAUCGAAUGUCUAGAGAUUCUAAAUGAUCAGAGGAAUAAGAAGGAAAUGGAGGAAUAUUUUUCGGGAGAUGGUAAUAAGGAGAAGGCUGCAUUGGACAAUCAAAUUUUCCAGUUCAUAAAACAUAUGAAUGAAUUUUUGGCGAUCCCAAUAUACUGCAAAAAUGUGGAGGAGAUAAAAUUCCUUCCAAGUGAUGUUAUUAAGAUAUAUAAGGACAAAUUUCGAAAUAGUAAAAAUUACUCGGUUCAAAAUCAUAUAAAAAUGAAGAAAAAUACGUUAUACUUUUUGAGCAGUUUUGUGUGUAAUCACAAUUUCAGUUACGCUUCAUACGUUCUUUGUUCCACCGAAAAAUAUGAUGAAAUUAAGGAUUAUGCGAAUUCGCUGCUACUUGGGAAGAAGAGAUUUGUAAAUUUUAAUGAGGCUCAUUUUAUAGGAACAAAUUUGGACAUACUGAAAUAUUUUGAUAAUAAUAUUUACCGAGUAGAAUAUGUGGUAAAAAUAUUAAUUUUAUUUCUGAACAGUUCUGAGGUAUCAGUGGAUGAGGCACACUUGCACUCUCUCAUGAAUUAUAUAUUUUUUUUCUUCUUCCAUUUUGAUAAUGAUAUAAUGAAUGUCCACUUUGAGACCGAAUUUUCCAAAUUCCAAAUUCUGUUCCAUGACAAAAGAGAGUUUGUGAAAUUCCUAAAUCGACGUGGAUACACCAUCAUCAGGCUGAAAAAUGACGAUUUGAAGAAGUGCCUAUUCAACUUAAUGUUGUUCAUUCUGGAAAAAUCGUCAAAUGAGUUUCUGCAUGAAUAUGUUGAGUGCAUCUUCCAUCUCAUUUUUUGUUAUCUGAAAGGAUUGGAUGAAGAAGGAACGAAUGCCAAUCAUGAUUGUAGUGAAAAUUACGGGGCACUUACAGAUAUCUCUACUAUGAUAGAUAAAUUUUUCGAAAAGGUUCUGAGAGAGGAUAAAAUUAAUAUGACCGUAUUGGCAGGGGCGUAUACCUUGACCUACUCCUUCUUUGAUAAACUGAAGAAGUUUAAGAGGAGGAGUAGUGAGUCUUACAUACAGCACAAUAAUAUAACCAAAGUUCUGUUAUCCUUGGAGAAGUACUUCCAGAGGUGCAUGCAGGUGGGAAAGUGCAUAGAUCGUAUAGAAGGAAAUGCGGAAUCGUGUGACCAUAUGGGUAACUCCAUUUUAUCAGGACAAGAUGGACAGUUUAGAUUGAAGAGGAAGAAAGGAGUUGCUUCAACAGGGAUAAAAGACAUUCGAAAGGUAAUAGCACAGAAUGUUGAACAUUUAUUGGAUCAAUUUGUACCGUUCGGAGAUAACGCGUUGUUAAUUAGUAUGGUGAUGAAGUGGGCCAUUAGCAUAUUCACCCCGGGGAGCUGUGAAUAUGUGUAUUACCCUCUUUUAUUUGAAAGGAGCAGUAACGUAGUUUUGUCAGAUUUAGCAAGGGAUUACUUGAAAGAGGAGAAGGAGGAAAAGAAAAUCGCGUUCGACGAUUACACCUUUUUUAUUUCUAAAAAGUUGUUUAACGUGGAGGACGGGUAUAUUGAUAAUAUUUGCGAUGGAGGAAAUUACGAGGAACACAAUUGUGAUGAAGGAAAUUGCGAAGAAGAAUCAUUAAAGUACAACCAAAUAACGCAACCCAGUUGUGCUUUCACACAAAAUGCAGACCUUGCCACAGAAUAUGCAAACACGCAUUAUGUAGAGUAUAGGAUAGACCAACUGCACAAUCUGGUUGAGUACUAUAGGAAGAUAAACUUCUGCUCCUUCUUCCAUGUUGAAAGUGUCUAUUAUGCCCUUUUAAUUCUGGAUCUGUUUCUAAUGGGGACGAUAAAUCGUGAAAGCAACAUGAAGGAGGAUUACCUAGUCGUGUACUGCUCCGUUUUUACACUGAUUUUAAGGGGAAUACGUACCUUUCUGAAGAGGAUGAAAAAGGAAGAAGUACACGCUAACUUUACGAAGGAACAUUUUGAAAUUUUAAGGAAGAGCGAGAAGGGGCUGUACAACCAUUUGGUCAUUUUAGCAAAGACAAGAAUGCAGUUCAUUUUAAGCAAUAUGUUGUACGUAGGCAAUCAUAAGAUGGCCAAGAAGGCAACAAAGUUGUUGUGCAAAAUAUAUCUCUUAGGCAAGGAAACGCACGCCGACCUAUUUGACGAUCUAUUGAUUAGCUUUACGUCAAAAAAUGUGGAGGAAGUAGUAGAAAAAUCGAAGGAAGAAAGUCACGUACUAUGCGCACAUAUAUACGUAUUUGGAUACUUAAUAAAAAAGGAAAAACAAAUUGAUGAAAGGUAUUCGAAAAUUGUACAAUUGGUUACAAAUUUUCUGCUUCACACACAUUAUAGGUAUUUGAAGGAAGAGAGAAAAAUUGAACAAACGGAUUUGUUGAGGUACUGUUUGAAAUUUCUCCGUUUGGUAUUUUUUUCAAGGCACUUUGUGCAGACAUGGCUUAAAAUGAUAAAAGAAAGUAGAUACUCAGAAUUGCCGCAAGGGGGAGAAGAUUCUUUUGUUCAAAUUCGAUAUAUAGUGGAGAUUCUCAUGAAGAUAUUGAAAUACGCCAAAGGUAAUUUAAAUGGCGCUAAUAUAUGUUUAGCAAAAAAUGUGUUAAAGUUGUUAAGUUGUUUACCCACACUUAGGGAUGAUGAUAUUAACACCAUUCUAAAGGAUGACAUAAGGAACUCCUUUCAUAUCGAUAAUUUACAAAUUCAACAACUCUAUGGUCGUUACAUAUCGGACAUGAUUCUGCGAUUUGAUAGAAUCUAUGCGGAUAAGAUAGCAUCUGAUUUUUUAAGUUCCAUUUUGGAAUAUACGCAAAUGAGAACAAAUGAUGGAAACAAGUUUCUGUGCAUAAUUUUGUGUUAUGUUAUAAAUUAUAAUCCGUUUUUGGAACACAUAAAAAAGAACUUCACAUCGAUAGCGGAGUUUUUUAUUUCGAUCAUCAAAUUGAGGAGUGACAUUUAUUCUGAGUACUGCUUCGUAGCAUUAAGCAGUUUGUUUUUUGCCCUUUCCGUUCAGUUUAUGGUAGACAUCAAUGAUUUGGAGAACCUGGUGAGGGUACUUUUGUUCUUAAAGGGAGGAGAAACGAGCAGGGGAAGUGGCAUACCUGUUGAAGAGGAUAAUGGAGUAACUACAUUGUUAGAGGGUGCAGAAAGACUUGUUAGCACGAGCAAUAUGGAGGCCUUAUCAAAUGAUGGAAAAUUCACGAAAGGGAAAAAUACAUUUAUAACGAAGGAGCGAAAAAUGAGUUGCGACAUUUUGGAGGAGGCAAAGUAUUACCAUGACGAUAUAUCCCUAUUUGGUGAAUCAAAGGGGAGAAUCCCUAACCAAGACGGAUCAGACGAACGGGCGAUGUUAGAGAGUAAAACCCGUAGCUCCACAGAUGUGUCUGCCACAAUAGUGGUGAAGGAGGCGGUGGAAAAGUUGGCUGAGCGGGUGUACCGCACCUUCAGUGAUGCAAAUGAAAAUUUGUUGUACAAAACGUAUUUUAGAAAGAAGGAAAAGGAUAUAGAUAAUAAUUUUAUAAAUGAAAUAAAGAAGUUUGAAAGUAGAAAAGAUUAUGUCUUGAACAAUGUGUAUGAUUAUGUUAGUAGCGAAAGGAACAUUGAAUUAAUUGGGCAUUAUACAUCCUUGGGAAGGCACUGCUUUAGCUAUGUGUAUGCCUUUCUGUUCAUGCAGUACUCUGAUUUAGCGCUGUACAAGUGGGAUAAAAAAAUGAACGAUUUCUUCGCCCACGAUUUGAAGAAAUACUACGGUGGUAAUAAUUUGGACAGACAUGGAUUGACUUACAUGUUAAGUAAAUUAAGAGGGAGCAAAAGUUAUAACCAUGUUGUUGAUAGAGACGAAGUUGGAAAUAGCAACGAGGGGGUUGCGUAUGAGUUUUCCCCCUCCCUCUGUGUGGACGAUUUUAAAAAGGCUAACAGAAGACUAUGUCAUACCGUAAAGGCCAUUUGUAAGGAGCUGUUAGUUCGUACGAUAAAAGGGCGGCAGGAUAUAAUAAAAUUAAAAAUUUUUCAACACAUAUCAGUGACAGAUGUGAGUAGAACUAUGAAAAGGAUCGAGCGAGAGUUCUUACAAAUGAAUUUCAACACCAUCGAUUCUGCUUACCUCAUGAAUGCUCUGGACAUAGAGCUGCUCACUUUCGUCGCGGUUAAUCAUAACGAGCUCAUUAAUGAUGCCAUGCUGAUUUUCCUAACAGAUAUUCUUAAGAAGAUAGACUUGAAAAUAUUCUGCCAAAAAAUUGCCGCCUUUUUGUCCUUCAUUUGUGCGAUUAUUGAGUCAGCCCUAAUGAACAAAGAAAUAUGUAUAACCUUUUUGAAUACAUUUAAAAGUGCGUGUGUUAGUUUUUUCUCCGAAAUGGGUAGCCCUGACAGGUGUACUAACAUCAGUGUUGGAUAUAGUGGAUUAUCCACUCUUAACAACUUUGAGAGAACAGGAAAGGGAGGGGGCAAUCACUCAAGUGGAGAACCAUGCACAAGGGAGUUGUAUAGUAAAAAUGAAGAAGGGAUCUCUGAAGAGGAUUUCCCACAAGGAGGUAGCCAUACGAACGAAAUUAUACAAAAAAUAUUGCAGUGUUACCAAAAAUUUGAAAAGAACAAAAAGGUAGAGCUGUAUUUUAGAGAUUGUCUAAACAGUUGUAUUCUCUCAUCGGAAGGUGUCAGCUUCGACGCCAAGACAUUGCUGAAGUUCUAUAUACAUAACAGCGAACGGAUGGGAACAGAUUAUACCGAUCUGGGAAUACCAAAUGAGGGGAAGGAGGAUAAUUACACAAAGAAGGAAAUAUUUUUUAUCAAAUUGGUUAAGUACAAUAAUUUAGAAAAGGAAAAAGAAAUUUUAGAAAAAAUAAUCAGCAAGUAUGAACAUUUAACAGACAUCGAAGAGAGCGCCAAAUAUAUUUUUUCAUUUUUAUUUGAAGAGAAUAACGUAGGUAAGUUUAUGUUAAGUUCUGUUUCUUUUGUAAUUAUCAAGUUACUAGAUAGAUACGAGGUGUUACUAAAGGGUAAUGCAUUUUUAAAUGUUCGAUUUUGCAUAAUGGUUUUUUCCUCCAUUUCGGAGUUUAUAUCAAAGCAUUUAUGUAAUAUUUACUUGUCUUAUUUGAACGACUUGGUGUACUAUCUCGUGCACAGAAUUCCCUUUUACCAUUAUGUGAAGUUUGUUCAUUGUACAUUGCUAGAUGAGAAAUUCACAUCGACACGGCAUGUUAGGGAUGUACAACAGGCUAGAAAUUACUCCAGCGAGGUAAUUCUUUACUUGCUGAAGAAGAAAUACCUCCUCGAUUUGGAUGAUGAUCGUAUUUUCAGGGACCAAAGGAGAGUAGGGGAUAUAAAGCAGUACGAAGAUUUAAAGAUGGUGCACGACGUGAACUGUCAGGUGAAGGAAUUUAUCAGUGGAGGCAACUUCAAGGAGAAGGUGGACCAAGAAAUAGGAGGUCCAUCAUUCGGUUGUGAGGGUAGAUACUUGUUCCAGUCUGAUUCGUCGAAGUAUCUGCCCCUUUUAACCGUAAUAGGUGAAUUGGUUAGACGCCCCCCCAUAGUCGACGAGGAAGUAAUUUUGCACCAAGGAAUUGACGCAGAAGAAAGGGUAAGAAAGUAUGUUGAAAAGGAAUUAACUUUACUUGGGUCAAAGCAGAAUGUUGUAAUAUCAGGAGAUCUGUGUGGGGCUGUAACCAACGUUCUUACCGCCGAAAUUGUUUCCAUAUGGAAAAAGGAAAUGGAGAAGAAGAAAACAUUCGAAGAAGAAAAUAAAAUGGUACUAAAAAAAAUGGAGUCCAAAUUAAUAGCCACAAGUUUUAUAUUAAAAAAUAUGAAAAACGUUGAUAAUAAUUAUUAUAAGGAUAUCUACGAAAUUUUACACAAGAGAAACAUUUUUCAUUUUUACAAAUUCUUUAGUGAAUACGUAGAACAGUUCUACACCUUUUUGGAUUCCCCCUUCACGAAAGAUAAGAAGGCAUGCAUUAAAUCGAUAGAAAAUUUUCUGGAUUACUUCAUUGACAUGUAUAAGUGCGAAAAUUGUGACGAGUUGGAGGUAGAAAAUGUGGAGAAGUUUUUAAAUUUGUAUUGCAAGAUAAGGGACUUGUUUAGGGGGGCCAAAAAUGGGGAAGCUGACCUUUGCUUUUUCUCCAUUUUGGCGCUUUUAAAAUACCUUACAUUUAUGCUCUUCCUUGUGGUUAGAAGUAAGGCGAAUGGGGACAAAUUCGACAACCUAUCCGUCAAGAUUCGAGUGAUGGAAAAAGGGGUACCGUUUGAUGAGGGAGAGAUUUACACCCUCUUUAAUGAUAUUUUGGAAGUACUCCCGGAUGUAGGCGAAUUUGAGCUGUUUCAGCACAUAUACCUAUUGGUUUUUAAUAUUCCCUCUACUUAUUUGAAAAAUUUUAAUUUUUUAAAAUUAUGGAAGUGCUUCCUUUUUUUUAUGGAUAAAUACUUCCAUAACUGUUGUGAAAGUGUCCCUAAUUAUGACACUAGUUUAUGUGUUCACUUUUUUAAGUUGGGGAUGUGCCUGUUCUGCUAUUUCCUGUCUAGCGAAGAUGAGAUGAGGGCUUGGUUGCACCUUUUCAACUAUCAGUAUUUAAACAGGUUGUUUAAAAUGGAGUACCUUCAUAACUUUCGAUUUGAAGGAAAUGAGGAAUAUCGUCACGAGGAUAUUGUGAAGGGUAUGCGCAUUGAAGAGUUGAGGGGGGUACAAGGUGGUACAAACAAAUAUGGACCAACUACACAAAAGGGGCAAAUCGAGCCAAGCGUUCCGGGUAGUGCACAGAACGGCAAACAAGGCAUGAUUCAAAUCGGGGAAAAAGCGUUUUUUUCUAAUCAGGUAGAAAAAUUCUUAUGCCUUCUAUUUGAGGUUAGCAAAGAUAAUGUGAACAUUUUAGCAGUUCUAAAAACAUUUUUUCAAUUCCUCUUUUGCAACAAAAUAUUCUUGCACGAAAUAGGCGAAACAGACAUGUGGGAAAAGGUAUAUAAUCAUAUUUACUUCUCUAUUGUGAAAAACAAAGUGAAGAAGUCAUUUGACCAUUUGAUGGAUAUACUGAACAUACUCUUAUGUAUGUACAACUGUUAUGGUUAUCAAAAUGAGCGCGAUAAAGAGAUAUGCUUGAACAUCAGAAUUAAAGAAUUGGAUGUUGGCCUUUUUGAUGAAAUGGACAAGGAUAAGAGUGUGAACUCUCACUUCUCCACCUUUCUGUUUAUCUCUUUUUUUAAGAUACGAGAAAAGUCCAAGAUAUUUCUGUUUCCCGAGCAUGUCACCCAGAAUUUGCGGUAUUCCAUAAUGCUCAAUUACCCGCAUUUUUUUUUGUAA